UUGGCAUUUUGAAGUUUCUCCUCCGGGGUGUUUGAACAGGAAGGCGGACAUGUUGGCCAGCCCGUGGGAGAAAAUCGGGCAUCGUCUGCUGUCUCCCCCCUUACCCCCCCCCUCCUCCUCCUCGAUAACACCUCAAAAUACAAUCCACGUCCAGCUCUUACGAGACGGAUCUUAAGGAUAACGCCGUUUUGACGUGGAGGCAGCUGACAGUCGACGACACCGCAGGAAGGAGCUGCAGCGGAACCGUUAACCGCCGCACAGACUUUGGUGUUCCACUUCAAUUUGGAAGAAGCAGAAGUUUUUUUUUUUGUUUUUGUUUUUUUCUUUCGGCCUCCACUUCUUCUUUUGAGCUGUCAGAUUAGUUUGUCGCUCUCCAUGCAAGUACCCGGCACUGGAACGGGAACAGGCCCGGACUAACUGACGCGAAGCCUGCCUACAAAGUCAGAUGUUUUAAAAUCGCCUUUUUUUGUUGUUGUUUUUUUGUUCGGAUGCGGCAUUUUAUCAAGGUUUGUUAUUCUUCUCCUCCCGCGGAGGCUGACAAGUCUGCCGCUGCAUGGAUGUCUCUUGCAGCUCCAGCCACGUUGGGAAGUAGCUUUCACUAAAAAAAGAAAAAAAAAUGUGGCUUUUGUACAUCCAGCGGAACCUCCGACGUUUUACCGUGUGCGAACCGACUAGGAGAACGAUGUGUUUUCUUUAAAGUGACUCGGAAAAGUUGACACGAAGAAGAAAAAAAAAAGACAUUCGGCUAGCUAGCCUUGCUAACGCUAGCUAGCCUCGCUGGUGGCGAGCUUCUUGUUUUUUUUUUUAGCCUGUUCCCAAAAAGACAUAAUCUGGACUCCACUCAAAGGCGAAGAUGUCUUCCAGGGAGAGCAUGGAGGCCCGAUUUGAGAAGAUCGAUGCAAUGUUGCAGGAUCCCAAGUCGGAAAUAAACACGGAUUGUCUUCUGGACGGCCUCGAUGCGCUGGUGUACGACCUGGACUUUCCUGCCCUGAGGAAAAACAAGAGCAUUGACAACUUCUUGAAUAGAUAUAAGGAUACUAUUAGUAAAAUUCGUGACUUGCGUAUGAAAGCGGAGGACUAUGAAGUCGUCAAGGUCAUAGGGAGAGGUGCAUUUGGAGAGGUGCAGCUGGUGAGGCACAAAGCCACCAGCAAAGUGUAUGCCAUGAAGCUGCUGAGCAAGUUUGAGAUGAUCAAAAGGUCAGACUCUGCUUUCUUUUGGGAAGAGAGAGACAUCAUGGCUUUUGCCGACAGCUCCUGGGUGGUGCAGCUAUUUUUUGCAUUUCAAGACGACCGCUACCUCUACAUGGUGAUGGAGUACAUGCCUGGCGGCGACUUAGUCAACCUGAUGAGCAAUUACGAUGUGCCGGAGAAGUGGGCUCGCUUUUACACAGCAGAAGUGGUGCUGGCUCUGGAUGGUAUUCAUGCCAUGGGCUUCAUCCACAGGGAUGUGAAGCCUGAUAACAUGUUGCUGGACAAAGUCGGACACUUAAAACUGGCAGAUUUUGGGACCUGCAUGAAAAUGAACAAGGAUGGUAUGGUACGAUGCGACACAGCGGUGGGGACACCUGACUACAUUUCGCCCGAGGUACUGAAAUCCCAAGGAGGAGAUGGCUAUUAUGGCAGAGAGUGCGACUGGUGGUCCGUUGGAGUGUUCCUGUAUGAGAUGCUCGUUGGUGACACGCCGUUUUACGCUGACUCGCUGGUCGGCACCUACAGCAAAAUCAUGAACCACAAGAACGCUUUGACCUUCCCUGACGACAGCGACAUUUCCAACGAUGCCAAGAACCUCAUCUGUGCCUUCCUGACAGACAGGGACGUCCGCCUGGGUAGGAACGGUGUGGAUGAGAUCAAGAGACAUCCUUUCUUUAAGAACGAUCAGUGGACGUGGGAGAGCAUCAGAGAAACGGCUGCUCCUGUGGUGCCUGAGCUGAGCAGCGACAUUGACACCAGUAACUUUGAUGACAUAGAAGAGGAUCGUGGCGAGGAAGAAACUUUUCCAAUACCAAAGGCCUUUGUGGGCAACCAGCUCCCCUUCGUGGGCUUCACUUACUACAGCAAUCAGCAUAUUUUGCGCAGCUCCACUGCAGCCACAAAGACGAGUGACAAACGUAGCAGCUCCAAAAAGGAGGAUAAAAGUCACCUGGAGAACCUGCAGAAAAGAGUGUACCAGCUGGAGGAGCAGCUCCACAGUGAGAUGCAGCAGAAGGAUGAGUUGGAACAGAAAUGCAGGACCUCUAACACCAAAAUUGAAAAGAUCAUAAAAGAAAUGGAUGAGGAGGCCAACUUGAGGAAAAGCGUUGAGGCGAGCAUGUCUUUACUGGAAAAGGACAAGAUCAUGCUGCAGCACCGAUUUACCGAGUCCCAAAGAAAAGCCGAUCAGGAGGCCGAGAAGAGACGCAAUUUGGAGAAUGAAGUGUCCACUCUGAAAGAGCAACUUGAAGAUAUGAAGAAGAUCAGUCAGAACUCGCAGGCCUCAAACGACAAGAUUGCACAGCUGCAGAGUCAGCUGGAGGAGGCCAAUGACUUGCUGCGGGCAGAAUCGGACACAGCAGCAAGGCUGAGGAAGAGCCACACGGAGAUGGCCAAGUCCAUGAGCCAUCUGGAGAGCUUGAACCGCGAGCUGCAGGAGAGAAGCCGUGCCGCUGACGGGGAGAAAACCCAGCUGGAAAAGGAGCUCUUGCUCCUCCAAAGCACCUUGGACUCUGAGAGGAGAAACUACAGCCUGGGCUCGGAGGAGAUCCGGGAGCUACAAGCUAGGAUGUCAGGGCUGCUGGAGGACAAUAACAACUUGAAGCACAGUCUCUCCAAAGUAGAGGCGGAGCGCAAACAGGCCCAGGAGAGAAGUAAUAACUUGGAGAAGGAUAAGAACAACUUGGAGAUAGACCUCAACUACAAACUGAAGACACUGCAGCAACGUCUGGAGCAGGAGCAGACGGAGCACAGGGGGACACGUGCACAAUUGACUGACAAAUACGAGUCAAUCGAAGAGGCCAAAUCUGCAGCCAUGAAUGCUGUCCAGGUAAAAAUGUCAGAAGAGAACGGAGCGAGGAUGCGAGCAGAGAGCCGCGUGGUGGAGGUGGAGAAGCAGUGCUCCAUGUUGGAGUUUGACCUCAAGCAGUCCGUGCAGAAGAUGGAGCAGCUGAUGAAGCAGAAGGAAAGGUUGGAGGAUGACGUAAAGAACCUGAGGAUACAGGUAGAGCAGGAGUCCAGUAAGCGUGUCCUGGCCCAGAAUGAUCUCAAGGGCCGCAUGCAGGAGGUCGACCGGCUGCGGUGUUCAGAGAAGCAGCUCAAACAGGAGAUCAACACCACGCUGGAAAGCAAACGUUCGCUGGAGUUUCAGCUAGCACAGUUGACAAAACAAUAUAGAGGCAACGAAGGGCAGAUGAGGGAACUUCAGGACCAGCUUGAGGCUGAACAGUAUUUUUCUACGCUUUACAAAACUCAGGUUAAAGAGCUGAAAGAGGAAAUAGAGGAAAGGAACCGGCAGGUACAAGAAUCUCAUAAAAAGGUGCAGGAGCUGUGCGGUGAAAGGGAGUCCCUGUCUGCUCAGCUGGAUCUGACCGUGACAAAGGCGGACUCAGAAAAGCUGGCCCGAGCACUACAGGAGGAGCAGUACUUUGAGCUCAGCCAAGAGAACAAGAAAUUGGUCACCAGACACAAGCAGGAAAUUGUGGAGAAGGAGGCCACUAUUGCGCGACUUGAAGAGUCUAAUAAAACGAUGACCAAAGAUGUAGAGAAUCUCACCAAAGAGAAGGCAGAGAUAAAUGAGAAGCUAAGCACUCAGGAAGAAGAGUAUACAGCUCAGAAGGAGGAGAUUUCAAAUGCAAUUAAGGCCCACUAUGAGAAGGUCCUCAACACGGAGCGCACUCUAAAAACCCAGGCGGUGAACAAGCUGGCAGAGAUCAUGAACCGAAAGGACAUGAAGCUUGAUCAGAAGAAGAAGGGCAGCACUGCAGACCUGCGGAAGAAAGAGAAGGAAAACCGCAAGCUGCAGCUGGAGCUCAACCAGGAGAAGGACAAGUUUAACCACAUGGCCAUCAAGUAUCAGAAAGAACUGAGCGAGAUGCAGGCGCAACUGGCAGAGGAGUGCACGUACCGCAACGAGCUCCAGAUGCAGCUGGACAGCAAGGAGAGCGACAUCGAGCAGCUGCGAGAGAAACUCAACGACCUGCAACAGCGCAUGGACAACUCCAGUAUCACCAGCCUGCUGACGGACGAGACGGACAGCAACAUCGCAGAAUCCCGACUGGAAGGCUGGCUGUCCAUUCCUAACCGCACUAAUAUUAAGCGAUACGGAUGGAAGAAACAGUAUGUUGUGGUUAGCAGCAAGAAGAUUUUGUUCUACAAUGAUGAACAAGAUAAGGAGCAGUCCAACCCUUCCAUGGUACUAGAUAUCGACAAACUGUUCCACGUGAGACCAGUGACACAAGGAGACGUGUACCGCGCCGAGACUGAAGAGAUUCCGAGAAUAUUCCAGAUCCUGUACGCCAAUGAAGGCGAGUGCAGAAAAGAAGCCGACAUGGAGGCAGUCCCUCAAGGCGACAAAUCCAACUGUCUGCCGCACAAAGGCCAUGAGUUCAUCCCCACCUUGUAUCACUUCCCUUCCAAUUGCGAGGCCUGCUCCAAGCCGCUGUGGCACGUCUUCAAGCCGCCACCGGCCCUUGAGUGCCGCCGCUGCCAUGUCAAGUGCCACAAGGACCACCUCGACAAGAAGGAGGACGUCAUCGCUCCUUGCAAAGUUAACUACGACGUUACCUCUGCCCGGGACAUGCUGUUGCUGGCCCUGACCCAAGAUGAGCAGAAGAAGUGGAUCGGCCAUCUUGGAAAGAAGAUACCCAAAACUCCGCCUUCCACAUUUUCCAGAGCCUCGCCUCGCUCCAUGUCCACUCGCCCCGGACCCAACCAGUCCUUCCGCAAAAACCCUAAAAGCAAUACUGCAAAAUUGAGCAGAGCGCAGUCCAGCCUCCAUGCAGCAGACACAACAUCCAGCACUUGUUGACAGGAGCUCCUUCGUCAGAAAACUAACCGUCUCAACCAUUGGAUCUGUUGUUUUUGGACUAUAACUAUACUUUCCCUCCCCUCCUUCCUCGUGCAUUGUGUUGAGCACCGUAUUAGCAAAAAAGCAAGACACAAAAGCCGUGAUGGACAUUUAAGAGAAGCCUGAAUGACCCCACCCCCUCCCCCAAUCCUGCAAGUCCAUCACUGUCUCGCAGUUCUACAUUUCUACCAGAAGAGAGCACCAUUGUCCCGAACACCAAACAAGGCUGAAACGUCAAGCUGGAUAGGACACAUCCUGUGGUUGUUUUUUCAAAACCCUGAUAUUUGUGAUGGACACUUGGACAGAAAAAAAGGCGGGGGGGGAGGGCUUGCUUGGACUUUAAGGUACCGUCAUCCAAGGAUUGCAGUGAUUAUAUCUCAGGAGUGGACACGUGGAAUAACCCGCCUGACAGAUCCUGGCGUUAAAUGCAAACAAACUUCCAUUCGAAAACAUGACUGAUGCCUUCAUCUAGAAUUCUCUUGCUGGCCUUUUUUUUUUUAAAUAACAACGCUCCAAGUCAAGUUUAUCAGGUUUGGAACAGAGUAUUUGGGACAUGAGUAUUAUUAGAUUUUUUUUUUUGCGUGAGGAGCAUGUAAGUUGAUCAUUUAAAUCUAUGCAUUAUUUUAUUAUAAUUAUUUUUAUUGCUCCAAGCCAUAAACAAGGAAGCUUCCAUUGUAAUGGCAUAUAGGAGUCCUAAAACUUCCAUCACUUUGUUUAUUUGGUACAUUGUCCUGUGAUAUAUAUUUUGUUUUCUUGUAUUUUUUUGUAAUGUAUUGCCUUACAUUGACUCAUAGAUAAAUGGUUCAAAAAGGAAACAUUAAGUUAACAAAUGUAAAACUGCACUGUUUGAAUUGUAAAUUAUUUGAAGAAGACUAAACAGGUGUAGCAUUUGGCCCACCUAGUGCCUUAUUAACCUAUUUGGAUAUUGAUUUUUACUGCCAUAUCUUUAUUAUUAUUUUUGUCCUCCAAAACAAGACAAAUCAUAAUGCUUCCAUCUUAUUCCUUUUUUUAAUUACCAUACAUGUGUGGUUUUAUUGCGGCUUUAUUUCUCUGGUUUAGGUAUAUAAAGUAUAUAUAGAUAUAUUAGGUGACCUCUGUUUGGACACAUUCCAAUGAAAUUAGCAUGUUAAAAAAGGCCCAAGAAUUGACUCAUAUCAUGACAAGUUUGGGGAUAGUGCAGCUGAAAACAAGCCACGUUGUUUCUAUGAACAUGCCAGGGUCCCAUUAAUGCAAACUACCCCAUCUGCAAUGUAAAUAAUGAGAGAGAGAGACAUAUGGAUUAUGGAAUUUACCACCGCAAUUGUUUUUUUUUUUAACUUUUUGUUCAGUUAAAAGAGAAGAAAAAAGCACUGGAACUCUGAUCUACUCUGGUCUUGGAUAAUUAAGUUGCAUGGUUUAUUUGCAUUGGAGUCCGCACUGAUGGAUAUGUCAAUAAACAUAUCUUUAUCAUUCA